AUGGCGGAUGCAGCGAUCGAGCUGCCUUAUUUGGCCUCUCAUUACUCGAUCCCCGAAGCUACUCUCAGAACCCUGACUCAGACGCCAACUGCGGAUCUUGUCAAUCAGCUUCUUGAAUCCAUCACCAAGAAAGCGCAUGCAUUUGAUGAACUCAAAUCAGACAAACUCCGCUUGGAGGUUGAACUCGAGAAUGCUGUUCGCAGCAACGAGUCCAAGAUCAAGGUGCUGAAAGGAACGGUGGAGAAAGGUCACUCAGAGAUUGAAGAUCUGAGAAAGAAGCUGCAUGAAUCCGAAAACACACGCUCGGCUCUGGAAACCGAGAUCUCUACUCUCAAGUCAUCGACCACUACCAACGAAACCGAGGUGAGCUCACUGAAGUCGCGCAUUACCUCUCUCGAGGCCUCGAAUCGGGAUACUCUCGCUCUACUUGAAUCCAAGUCUGCCGCCCACGACAAACUUGCAGAAGAGCUGUCAGCGCAACACAAAAAGACCAUUGAGCUGCGGCGCGAGCUUUCCGCCGCAGAGCAAAAUAUCCAGAACGCCAAUUCCGCGUCUGCGAGUGCACGGUUCCGGGAACAGAACCUUCAGCAGGAACUGGAACUCACCAAGAAGAACAACGAAUGGUACGAGACUGAGUUGAAGACAAAGAGCGCCGAACACAGCAAGUUCCGGAAGGAGAAGAGUGCUCGUAUCUCUGAGCUUCAACGUGAGAAUGAGGAGGCGAACUCAACGAUUGAAACUCUGCGACGCACCGAGAACUCUCUCAAAAGCCGUCUUGAUGAGACUGAGCAGCGAUACGAAGAGUCGCUCGCCAGUAUCACCAAGCUGAAGGAAGAUGCGAUCCAGGCUUCAGAGUCUUUCCGAAUCGAACUGGACAGCGCCAAUCGACUGGCUGAGCUUCAAGGUUCUGCUGCGCAAACCGCCAAGCAACGCGUUCAAGAGUGCCAGCUCGCACUCGAGAAAGCCAAGGAUGACGCGGCGGAGGAACUAUCUCGUUUACGUGUUGAAGUCGAAUCUGAGCAUGCGGACAAGACGGCUGCGGAGAAGCGUAUUGCUGAGCUUGAAGUAACCGUCUCACAACUGGAGUCUGACGGAGGCCGGAAUCGGUCCAUGAGUCCAGCGCGCUCGCUCAAUGGCCUCGGCCCCAGUACCCCCAUGCGGCCGGGAACCCCUGGCGGCACUUUCUCCCCUCGGGCUUCUCGAACCAAGGGCGGUCUUACUCUCACUCAGAUGUACACUGAAUACGACAAGAUGCGUAUGCUACUUUCUUCAGAGCAGAGAACCAACCAGGAGCUUCGGUCCACCGUGGAUGAGAUGGUUCAGGAAUUGGAAUCCAGCAAGCCCGAGAUUGAUGAGUUGCGGGCAGACCAUAGCCGCCUUGAGAACGCCGUCAUCGAAAUGUCUAAUAUCCUUGACACCGCUAACAAGGAACGUGAAGACGCCACGAAAGAGGCACGGAGAUGGCAGGGCCAAGUUGACGGGCUGGCCCGCGAGGGCGGCAUUCUGCGCCAGCAGCUGCAUGACAUCAGUGCCACAGUCAAGGUCCUUCUCCUGGAAGUGGCUCUUGCCAAAAAUGGGGAAGACUAUGACCGUGAGGAGCUGGAAAAGAUCGCUCGGAAGCAAGUGGAGGACAACUCAGCCGAAUUGAACGCCACUGGUCGCUGGAUCAGCGAAAAUGUGACAACAUUCAAGAACCUGCAUGAUUUACAACAGCAGAACCUUGACCUUCGGCGCAUGCUCCGUGAAAUCGGUGACAAGCUGGAGAGUGAGGAGGCCCGCGAAAAAUCCGCCGUCCACCAGCAGGAGCAGGAGGAGCUAAAGGAGCUGCGCAUCCGAUGCCAAACCUACCGCGAUGAAAUCGCCAACUUGCUGUCUCAAAUUAAGAGUUACGUGAAGGAGCGUGACACUUUCAAGAGCAUGCUGAGCCAUCGCCGACAGACCAUCGGGGACCCAUCAGCUCUGUCGCAGUCAAUGCCCCUGGGCGCUAUUCCCCCUGGAGCAGCUAGCAGCCAGUCAGGUGACGCGAGUGCGUCUACUGAACUGCUUCGAAGUGUCCAAGCUCAAUACGAUACGUACCGAGAAGAGAUGGCAUCUGAUCAUGCAGCUCUUCGCCAGCAAAUUAAUGAGCUGUCACGGAAGAACAGCGAGCUUCUCAGCGAAAUCAGUCGGUCGAGCAGUCAACUUGCGGGCGCUUCUCAGCGCGCUGAUCUUCUUCAAAGCAACUUCAAUAUGCUGAAGACCGAGAACAGUGACCUUCAAAAGCGCUAUUCCACCCUGUUCGAGAACGCCAACAGACAAGAUAUUCGCACACAGCAAGCCGCGGAGGAUCUCGUCGAAGCCAAGGGACUUGCGGAGAGUCUUCAGCGCGAAAAUGCCAACCUUAAGGCCGAAAAGGAUCUCUGGAAGAGUGUUGAGAAGAGACUACAGGAGGAUGUUGAAAACCUGCGGAACGAGCGAACCCGACUUGACUCUUACAAUGCCAACCUCCAGACGAUGCUGAACGAGCGCGAGCACACCGAUACUGAGACUCGUCGCAGACUUCAAUCAAGUGUUGAAACUCUCGAGUCCGAGCUCCAGUCCACCAAGCGCCAACUUAACACCAUCACGGAGGAGUCCAAGCAGGCCAGUUUGCGCCGUGUCUACGAGCAGGAACAGAGCCAGAAACGUAUUGACGAUCUGGUGACAAGCUUGGGCUCAGUUCGGGAAGAGUUGGUUGCUAUCAAGACUACUAAGGAUCAUCUUCAAUCUCGUGUAGAUGAGCUUACCGUCGAGCUCAAGAGCGCGGAGGAGCGAUUGCAGGUCGUUCAGUCACGGCCUAGCGUGUCUGCAAACUCCGCAGAAGCUCAUUCUACUGAUGUCCAGGGAGCAGGAGGUGACAGUGGUCUCAGUCGUGAACAAGAACUGGCUAUCGAGGUUUCGGAACUCAAACGCGAUUUGGACUUGACAAAGGGCGAGCUUGCGCAUGCUAAAGAGCAAGCCCAGGAAUACCAGGCCAUCAGCCAGUCCACCGAGGAGCGCAUGGAGGCGGAGGCCGAGACCAACGCACAGUACCGCGAGGAGACCGAUCGACUUAUCGAGGAGAAGGAUAAGAAGAUUAAGGAUCUCGAGGCCCGUGUUGAAGAGAUAUCCUCAGAGCUCUCUACCACCAAUGCCGAGAUCUCCAAGGUCCGCGAUGAGCACAGCGAAGCAACACGGCACCUUGAGGAGCAGAAAAAUACACUCGAGUCCGAGAUCACUCGCCUCAAGGACGAUAACGAACGACACAUCGCCGCUGCUCAGUUCCACCAAGAAGAUCUCAAGGCACAGGCAGAGAUCGCUCAGCACGCCCAGCAAAAUUACGAAACAGAACUUGUCAAACACGCCGAAGCCGCCAAAAACUUGCAGACUGUUCGUGCGGACGCGAACAAAAUGAAGCUUGACCUGGCCGAGUUGAGAACCCAGUCGGAUAACUAUAAGAAAGACCUGGCGCAGAAGGAGGAGAGUUGGGUUGAACAGCGUGCUAGGUACGAGGGUGAGCUCGCUGAGUUGCAUAAACGCCGUGAGGAGGUGCUACACCAGAACUCCUUGCUGCACACACAACUCGAGAACAUCACUACUCAGAUCUCGUCCCUGAAACGUGACCGUGCCAACGUCCCCGAAGCAUAUGACCAGGAAGGAGAACAGACGGGCUCCAACUUAGAGGGUCUCCAGGAGGUCAUCCACUUCUUGCGUCAAGAGAAGCAGAUUGUAGAUGUACAGCUUCACUUGUCCGAACAAGAAGGCAGACGACUUCGGCAGCAACUUGACUACACCCAGUCACAGCUCGACGAGACGCGACUUAAACUUGAGCAGCAACGGCGUGCUGCCGCCGACAGUGAUCACAAUGCUCUCAACCACAACAAGCUUAUGGAAACUCUCAAUGAGCUCAACCUCUUCCGCGAGAGCAAUGUCACGCUUCGCAGCCAAGUCAAGCAAACGGAGGCUACUCUGACUGAAAAAUCAGCCUUGGUUGAUGAACUUCGCCUGAAGAUUGAACCAUUGGAGACGAAGAUUGUUGAACUGGAGAAUAUCGUGGAAGGCAAGGAUGGAGAGAUGCAGAUCUUGCAAGCCGACAGAGAUCGGUACCAGCAGCGUGUGCAGAAUAUCCUUCAGAAAUACGACCGGGUUGAUCCUGCUGAGAUGGAAGCCCUCAAUGAGAAGAUCGCGGCCCUCGAGAAGGAGCGAGAUGAGGCGGUGUCUGCUCGGGAUGAGGCUGUAUCCGCUCGCGACGCUUUGCAGGCCGAAGCCGAUUCAUUCCCUGAACAGUUGAAGAACGCGGAGACCCGACUUGGUGAACUGCGCACUAAACUUACCGAUCAGUUCAAGGGUAGAUCUAAGGAGCUCUCGGGACGCAUCAACAGCAAGCAGCAGGAACUCAAUGUGGCUCUGCAGGAAAAGGAAGUGAUCCAGGAGGAGCUGAACACAACGAAGGCUGAGUUGGAGACUCUCAAAGCCAGUGUGGCCGGUGGCUCCGUUUCAGCCACUGCUCCUGUCACCGCGCCUGCACCUGCACCUGUUGUGCCAGAAUCCGCUGCCGUGAACCCAACACCGGCAUCUCAGUUCCCCACCUCGACUACUCAGGUUAUCGCCUCGGGCGACGAUCAGAAGAUCAAGAUGCUGGAAGAGAAGAUCCAGCGCCUCGAGGCCGCUCUUGCUGAGAAGGAUGGUCUUCUGGCAGCCAAGGAUGCUGAGUUGGAGGCUAAGAUCAAGGAGCGCUCCGACCGACUCAAGGAGAUGUUCAACAAUAAGCUCUCUGAGAUCAGGGCUGCCCAUCGCCAAGAAAUGGAGAAGCUGUCGAGUGGAGAAGCGUCCGUGCCUGCGACACCUGGCGUGGUCACCGACUCGGCACCUGCGACACCCUCCAAGUCUUCUAUCCUCCCCGAGUUGACCGAUGCCCAAGCGCGCGAGCUUGUUUUACAUAACGAGACGAUUCGCACCAUUGUGCGCAGCAACAUUCGCAGCCACAUUGCCAAAGAAAAGGAAAAGAUCAUCCAGGAAGCUCAGACAUCCUCCACUGCAAAUGACGGUGCUGCUGCCGCGGAGAUUGAACGGAAGUUCAACGAAGAAAUGGAAACUCUCAAGAAAGCCCACGAGGCAGAGCUAGAAGAGAAGGUCAAAUCCGCCCGCGAACUCUCCGAUAAGAAAUCUGCUGCCCGCAUCAGCAUGCUCGACACUCGAAUCAAGACUGCCCAGGCCAAGAUUGAAGUUGUCCAGAAAGCCGCUAGCGAGACACCGCAGAAGCCUGUUGUCGAGGUAUGGGAGGUAGCCAAGACAGCACGACCACCAGCUGCUGCACCAAAGCCCGCUGCGGCUCCAUCGCCCUCUCCUGCUGCCCCCGCUGCGCCUUCGCCUGCACCGACUGUCACACUGACUCCUGCGCCUGCAGCGCCAGCUCCUGCUGGUGAACAAGCCCCUGCCCCUGCGGCAAACCCCGCAGACGCUUCGGUUCCCGAGUCUACCACGACGGACGGACUGACUGAAGAAGGCGAGAUUGGGGCGGCUACCACUCCAGCCAACCCAUUCGGCCAACUGCAGCAGAACAACCAGACCGGUCAGCCUUCUUCGCUGCCCAGCAAACCACCUGCUGGCACCGCGCCUGCGACUUUGAAAGCUCUCCAAUCGGGUCUCCCAGUCGUCCGAGGUGGCCGUAACGCGUCGCGUGGCGGAGGCCAACAAAAUCCCUUCGGCCACGGUCAACAACAGCAGGGCCAGCAACAGGGACAAGCGCAAAGCCAGCGCGGAACUGGUCUUCCUCGAGGACGGGGUGGAAGAGGAGGGGGCCAGGGCCGUGGUGGUAACCAGAAUACCGCCAACGUUCAGAACCAAGCCCAGACACCCGCAGCGAACCGCGGGAAUUUGAAUGUCCAGGCCAAGCAGUUUGUUCCUCAACCAGGUAACAAGCGAGGCCGUGACGAUAACUCCGAUGCCACCAAUGACGGCGGAAGCGGUGGAAAGCGAAUGAGAGGAGGCGGAGGACAAGCUCGCGGAGGAGCUUCCUCUUAG